AGAGAGAGAGAGAGAGAGGCGGAGCUGCUUGUAUCACGUGGGCCCCGCUCCCGCCGCCGCUGUUGCCGUCGUCUUUCUCUGUCUCGACUGAGGCAGCCAUCUUGCUCUUGCCGCGUGCUGUUGUUGGAGGACCCUCCCUGCUUCAGAUUUACCAACAGCAUGAAUCAAGAAAAGUUAGCCAAACUUCAGGCUCAGGUCCGGAUAGGGGGCAAGGGUACAGCUCGCAGAAAGAAGAAGGUGGUACAUAGAACAGCUACAGCUGAUGACAAAAAACUCCAGAGUUCUCUAAAAAAACUGGCUGUGAAUAAUAUAGCUGGUAUUGAAGAGGUGAACAUGAUUAAAGAUGAUGGGACAGUUAUUCAUUUCAACAAUCCCAAAGUCCAAGCUUCCCUUUCUGCUAACACCUUUGCAAUUACUGGUCAUGCAGAAGCCAAACCAAUCACAGAAAUGCUUCCUGGAAUAUUAAGUCAGCUUGGUGCUGACAGCUUAACAAGUCUUAGGAAGUUAGCUGAACAGUUCCCACGGCAAGUGUUGGAUAGCAAAGCACCAAAACCAGAAGACAUUGAUGAAGAGGAUGAUGAUGUUCCAGAUCUCGUAGAAAAUUUUGAUGAGGCAUCAAAGAAUGAAGCUAACUAAAAUUUUUUCUGGAGUUUGGAAACUGGCAUGGACUAAAUUUAACAAAUCAGCUAUGUGGUUCCAAAGUUUUACAGACAUGGAGAACAUCAACUGUUACUAGUUCAGUAAUAUAAAUAUUUUGUAUAUUGAUAAUGCUGUUUGUUCAGCAUUUUUCGGUCAUUUGAUUUUGCAUUUUGCACUUCCUCCCAGGAUCUAUUCUUUUGGUCAAAAUACGAAGUAUUGGUGCAGUUUGAGGGUGUUUUGGUGUUUGAUUCUCAGUUUUCUGUUUUGUUUUUUUGUUGGGGUAUUUUUGGUGUGUAUGUGUAUGUAUGCGUGUGGGUAUGUGUGUAUACAGUGGAGAGCAAAUUGGAAAACAGUUCUAUUUAUCCUCCUUCUUCCCCCAGUAGAAAAUAAAACAAAUCUUUACAUUU